AAUGCAAAAUUUGCAGCGCCUUUCGGAUAUGCAAAGCCCAACACUGAAUUACCAAUAGCUUCGCUGAACUUCGAGCUGCACGUCAGCGCGCAACAACCAAUAGGGAAACAAAGAGGCGGCACCUUAUCCUCCAAUCGAAACGAAGUUCCAGACUUUUCCUGGGUCACGCCCAGCGGGAGAUAUGAGACGCUCGUCACGUAGCUUCUCGUUUCCUUCUCCCGCUCUGCUUUACCCGCUGCUCCCCCCUCCCCUCCGCGAGGCCCGGUAACCAUGGAGACGGCAGAACUAGGGAAAAGACGGGCUUUGGGGCCUAGUAUAGGCCUCUCUCGCGGGUGGCGAGGGCAGCGCUAAAGCAACGCGGGGAUCUAACUCGGGGGGAGGACCCCCUGCAGCUCAACGAGGGGUAUUCCCGGAAGUGAGCGAGCUUUAUUAUUGGCUCCGUAAAUAGUGUUGCACAAAAACCCUUCCUACCUUACAGAAGUCGGAGCAUAAUCGGAUCCCUGCUCUCACAGGGGAGAACCAGACACCUGUGGGAAAUGUGCAAGCAGGAUCUGAGCACAGGAGCACCUUUCCCCUCCUGUGGUUUCCAACUUAAUAAAAUAAAAUAAUAAUAAUACUUAUUUGUUAUUAAAUUUGUAUACUGCCCUAUACCCAUAAGUCUCAGCACAAAGUUACAUUGCAAAAACGCAACAUACAUGAUAACAAUCAUUAAAACGACAAACAAUGCUCAUGUAUGCAAACUAAAAAAAAGGCACUCAACAAAAGCCCUGAGCAACAAAUGCAAAUGCGAAAAUCCAAAUCAACAUCUAUCAUUUAAAAACCAAUUUAAAGCAACCCCACCUCCCAAAUGAAAGAACACCCACCCAGCUAUUUCCCCUUGCAGGCUCUCAAGGGGGCUUGCGGAUGAAAUAAGAACAGUUAAAAGCAUAGAAAGAAACUCCAAACAAUCAUGCACACACAAUCUAUUAACCACACACACACAUAUAAUACUGCCUCCACCGUGGAGGCAGGAGCUUAGCCCUCAUUGUUAGCAGCCAUUGAUAGAUCCCUUUCUUCAUUGGUUUGCCUAAUCCUCUUUUAAAGCUGUUGUAAUUUCUGGGUUACAACAAAACCACCAGAGUCGGUGGCCAUCCCUGCCUCUCCAGUGGGAGUGAGUUCCAUAGUUUUAUGUGCCGUGUGAAGAAGCACGUUUCCUCGUUUCAUUACACACAUUUGCGCAAGUGCAUAUUGAAUUCUGUGGGUGUUGAUCUUCAUGUGUGCUCACUGUUCUCUUUAAGAUCCCUUAUCAAUACUUGCCAUUCCCUUAAAAGUAAUUAUUAACCUGGCCAUUAAUCCUCAAUGCUCACAUAAUCCCAGCUGAAAAUAAUCCUGAAUUCAUGUAGCUGCAUUUAUACCCAUGUGCAUUUUGGUUCCCUCGUCCUCUGUUAUUCCAUGCUGCCGAAAGUCUGACUUUAAACUCAUUUAAAGACAGUAAAUGGCUCUCUUUUUAGGUGGUUGUUUGUUAUACACUUUGUACCGCAUACAGAGAGGUUGUUGCUCUGACAGCAAGAACUGCUAAUAGUGAACUCUGGUGGUUAAACAGAAAAUGCAGACUAUGAAGAAUCCGAAAAUAAAAACAAAACUUGUGUGCUGGAAUGGUGUGGUGGAAGUAGACAUGUGGUGCAGUAAUAAAACAUUUAGCACAUUUAUGAAGCUAAGCAGGGCCUCGUAUACUCUUGCUUUGGCAAGCGUAUUAGAAGGCGGAAAUUCACUGCAACAUUAUUAAUUUUUUGCAGGUCCCACACCGAUGAUGAUGUAGGGUUGCUAUCUCGAAGAUCUUGCUUCAGCAGUGCCUGCUCUGAGAGUCAGCAGUUUGGACAAAAGAAUGAUGUCCAGGAUGUUCAGUGGAUGUUUCUGAAUGGGAGCUAAUGGUUGGGAGAUCACUGGAGAGCUUUCGGGAAUAUUCUGAAUCAGAGAGUUAUCAGGGCUGGGAGGGAACACAUCACCCCCGCUCCCUGCCCAGUUUAUGUGAAGUGUGUGGGAAUGAAUGACAGAGGAAUUCGGGGGGGGGGGGGGGAGAGGGAGAGAGAGAGAGAGAGAGAGAGAGAGAGACUGGGAGGGAGAGAAUUGAGUUGAGAUUAAAUUAUGGAAUCAUCCUCUGGUGAGAUGACAUAAGACAGUAGAUCUGUUGCUCUGUAGAAGUGCAAGUGGUGUUGUGUAUUUGCACCUAUAUCAAAUACUGGAAAAAAGCUGGUUUUCACUACUCAUCAAAGGAACCAAAUCCAGACAGCAGGACCCAAGGAACUUGCCAGUGCUAGUAGACAGUAUAAACAAUUGUUAAUAACUCCCCUUUUUCUGUUCUGAAUGGGAAGUGGAGAGAAAAACAAUGUAGUGACCAGCAGACAGCUAUCCAGGUUAAGCACCCCAGUGCUCCGAAGGGUCCCUCACUGGUCUGCCCCUGCCUGCCACUCACUGUGCAGGCAUUGCUUGAGAACCACUCUCAGCUCCCAUCUCUCUGCACCUGCCCCCUCCUUGUUGCCUCACCUGGCAGGUGCAAAUGGGCCAAGGGCCAAAGCCAGGCAUUCUGGGUCAGGUAGGUGGUGAGGGAAAUGCCAGAGCCACUGUUGUUCUUUGUCACAGGGACCUGAAAGGCUUUUAAAGUGCAGAUUUCUUAAAAAUAAAUAGAUCCCGAGUUGAAAAAAAUGUUUCUAGCCACUGUGAAAUUGCAAACAUCCCUUCCCCCUGAGCACCUUGGAGAUUGCGUAAUUGUGGAAGUUAUCGUCAAGUAGGUUCAGGGAAUUGGUAUGACAUAUAGAGCGUGGAAAAUGGCAUUACUGUACUAUAGAGUCAGGAGGCGUGAAAUGGGCAGAGGGAAAUUGCAUGACGACCGCUUCCCUUUUAAUUCCCCAGAGGAACCCCGAACACCUACAUUUCAUUUCACUUUUUGGAGGGGUCUGUGAUGCCUUUAAUUCUAGUCAUUUUGCCAUCAGUAUGCAUUAGUUAAUAUAAUAACUUUUCCAAUGUGGAUCGUUUUUGUAAAUCAGCUUCACCUCCCCCCUUUUCCAUCCCUCUCCCCCUUCUCGACAGCUUGCAAAAAUUCACAGACGGCGACCUAACAAUCCCCGAUAGCGCGUGCUCCUCCUCCCUCUCCGGUGCGCCGGCCGUUCCUGGGAUCACCUUUUCUGCGCGCCACGCUGCCCGUAUCCCCGGGCAGUGGCUGCUUUGCGAUGUGACUCAGGCUGGUGCAUCUGGGUCACCAAGGCGCGAAUUAAUUGCAGCAGCCACUCAGGACCAGUCCGGCUUUUCUUCUUAUUUAAAGAGCCUGCUGUUUUGUCAGUCCCAACCAGCGCGUUUCUUGCACCGGCAGCUCCGCCUCUUCCCAUGUGAUGGUUUCUGUUUUGCUUUCCACCUACAGACGAUCGGCAGGAUCCCCUCCGGUUCGCCACGUCUGCUGCUCGCUUGCUUGCUGCUUCGCCUUAGGGAAUUGGUUUGGGAAAUGAAUUCUGUGAGUAUAGAGGAGGGCUCAAAGCUGGCGCGAAGGAGCGCACACAUCCAUCCGCCCGGUUGCAAAAAAAGCGCUGCGCUUUAGUGAAAACUGAAAGGAGCGAAGAGUCUGGUGACACCUUGAAGGCCUGCAGAUUGGUUGCAGUAGGAACUUUCCCGAGCAUCCGACCAGCUGGCCUCGAAUCCUCAAGCUUUUCCCACAACGAACCGUGGCCGACUUCCGGGUGUCACAAGGCUCUUGUUUUUUUGUUGUUGCAGCAAACAGUCACUGGCUUGGCUACCCUUCUGAAUAUGGGAAGGGUGGGCUCUAGUGGUUAGAGAAGGGAAAGCCGGCAGCUGGGAGUCUUGUUUCUCUUUUGGUUUGCUAACAACUUGUUGGAUUGGGUGAGGUGAGACAUAGGGCUCCGUUCCACAUUUGUGGGUGCAGAAGGAAUCUUUCAUGUUAAGUCAAAGCUACAUUUGCUUGCUUAGUCAUCUGCUGUUGGGGAUCACUAGUGGAGAGAUUGCUGUUGCAUGCAGGUCCUGCUUUGGAACUCGCUUCCUUGGGAGGCAGUGAUGUCCAUUAACUUGGAUGGCUUUAAAAAAGGAUUAGUGAAAUUCAUGGAGGAGGAGGAGGAGGAGGAGGAGGCUAUUAGUGGCUACUAACCAUAAUAGCUAGGCUCUGCCUUAACUGCCAGAGGCAGCUAUGCCUCUGAAUAUUAUUAUUAUUAAUUAAAUCUGUGUACUGCCCUGUACCUGCAAGUCUCAGGGCGGUUCGCAAGAUAAAAUCACAAUAUAAAAACGUAACCUGGCUGGCCACUGUGAGAACAGGGUGCUGGACUAGAUGGGACUUUGACCUGAUCCAGCAGACUGUUCUUAUUACUGGCGGCUAUUUUGUAGCUUCUUGUAGCUUGCUCAUUUACUUUUGUAGCAUUUUUCUAAUUUAAUUGAUUUCCUCUAAUUAUUCUGUAGUUUUAAGCACGUGCUGUGCUUGGAAUGCUCUCUUUGAAUGGAAGAGCUUAGUAGUAAUAAUAAUAAUAACAGCAGCAGCAACAACAACAAUAAUAAUAAUAAAGCAAAAUGGUUUGAUUCUGAUUCUUUUUCUGAUUUGGAGGGAUGCACGUGUUUAUAUUAAGUGGUAUGUUGAAAAUGGCUAGAGUAAAAUACUCAUUUAGAUAGUUGUCAGGAAGGAAAAGUGGGAUAGAAUCAAUGGCAAGGAAAAGAAAGAGGAAAGUCAGGGGCGGGCCAAGGGCCACAUUGCCUUCUGGGCAAGCUUCUGAGGGCCACAUGAUAGUGGUGGGUGUGGCCAGAGUAAAAAAUUAGCAGAACAAUUACAGUGGUACCUCGGGUUACAGACGCUUCAGGUUACAGACUCCGCUAACCCAGAAAUAGUACCUCGGGUUCAGAACUUUGCUUCAGGAUGAGAACAGAAAUCGUGCGGCGGUGGCACGGCGGCAGCGGGACGCCCCAUUAGCUAAACUGGUGCUUCAGGUUAAGAACAUUUCAGGUUAAGAACGGACCUCCAGAACAAAUUAAGUACUAACCCGAGGUACUACUGUAAUGUAAAUCUUACUAUUGUGGAGAAGUCUAAUUUCUACAUCCACUCAUGAACCCUGCUGUGUUCUCCAUCCAAGCAAGAGGCAUGAUCAGAGUUCAAGAACACAUUCCAGCCAGGCAUAAACACUCAAGGAAGAGUGCAAAGGAGGGUUUAGGAGGAGAUGCAGCCGGGGGUGUUUCGUUUUGCUUUAAAUCAAGCCCAACGCUUUUCAAACAGCUUUUCUUCUGCUUCUGAACAAGUAACUUCAUCCCGCAAACUACAGUCAUACCUCGGGUUAUGAAUUCUGCGGGUUGUGCGUUUUCAGGUUGUGGACCGCACCGAACCUGGAAGUACCGGAACAGGUUACUUCCAGAUUUCAGCACAUGCACAGAAGUGCAAAAGGACAUCACACGCAUGUCAUCACACGCAGAUGCGGUGCUUCAGGUUGUGAACACUGCGGGUUGCGAACGUGCCUCCCUCACGGAUCACGUUCGCAACCCGAGGUAUGACUGUAUUGCGACAGUUUUGAAAAAGAACAACUGUUUGAAUUUUUUUGGCAUAAUUAAACAAAAAAUAGCUGGCAUCCCCAGUGGCGGAGGAACCCUCUCCAGCAACUGGGGCAGCGCAGCCCGUACAGACUGCUCAUGUGUGGCGACCAUACGGGCUGCUGCUUGCACGCGAGGCAGCCCGUAUGGCCGCCGUGCAUGAGAGCGGCAGCCCAUACGGAUGCCCGUACGGCCGGCGUGCGAGAGCGGCAGCCCGUAUGGACUGCGGGCGCCCUCAGCUGCUCUACAGCUGGGGGGGAGGCAGGGGCCAUUUUGUCACCCCUCCCAGAGUGGCACCCGGGGUGGACCGCCCCCCCUUCCUACGCCACUGGGCAUCCCUCCCCAUGAUAGCGUAACUGGUCAUGCUUUGCAGCCUUACCUGAGAAGUGUGAAGGUGCUGUUCACCAUUUGCACAUUGGGUGGCCAUGGAAGAUGUAAGGAAAGCCCUGGUGGAUCAGGCCUAAGAUCUGUCCUGUCUAGCAUCCCGAUCACAAUAAGCUUGAAAAGGGUGCACCAGCUGUAUGAGCCGAGUUGUGUGGAGGGAAUUUUGUCAAGUGCAGUUUUUCUUACUCUGGGGUGACAAAUGCACCAAACCAACAUUCCCUCUUCCGCACAACUAAUUGAAGGAACAGGAGCUCAGUCCUUUUUGGAAGCCGAAACCCCUGAUUUCCUUCCCAUACUCAUUUUGGAAGGGCGCCAAGGAUUAGCGGUUUAUACAGUGGCAUUCAGGAGAAGGAGAAAACAAAGAACCUAGCAGACUUGGAACAGCAAAAACCCUGAUUCUCUUCUUUCCCCCUUGUGCUCCUACCAGAGCCUCCGCCACAAAGACACAAUGGAAAUCCAGGAGAUGGACCUCAGAGAGAUGGGUUCUGUGAUCCAAUCCCGCGUGGUCUUGGAGGUGUCCAGCCAGGUCCAGUCGCUCCUAGAUUCCCUGGAGACCACCAAGCUAGAGAUCGCCGUGACAGGCGAAUCCGGCGCCGGCAAAUCCACCUUCAUCAACGCCCUGCUGGGGCUUAGCGACGGAGACCCCCGUGCUGCUGCUACCGGCGUCAUCGAAACCACAGCCGUACCCACAUCGUACUCUCAUCCUCGUCUGCCCAGCGUCCUCCUGUGGGACCUGCCGGGCAUUGGCACCCCAUGCUUCCAAGCAGAGCGCUACCUGGAGCAGGUGGGUCUCGAGAGGUACGAUUUCUUCAUCAUCAUCGCCUCAGAGCGGUUCCGGGAGAACCACGUCAGGCUGGCCCGCGCCGUGGGCUCCAUGGGCAAGCGUUUCUACUUUGUCCGCUCCAAGGUGGACCAGGACCUGAAGGCUUCACAGCGACGAAGGCCAGCCCGUUUUGAGGAGGCUCAGGUGCUGCGGGAGAUAGAGGCGGACUGCCUCCGCCAGCUGCGGAAUGAAGGGCUGGAUUCGCCCAAGGUCUUCCUGGUCUCCAGCUUCGAGCUGCACCGGUUUGACUUCCAGCGCUUGCAAGACACUCUGGCUGAGGAGCUCGAAGGCCACAAGAGACACGCCUUGCUGCUCUCCUUCCCUUGCGUCACGGCAGCAGCUGUGGAGAAGAAGAAGGCAUCGCUGCGCAAGCACAUCUGGAAGAAGGCGUUGCUGGCCUGCGCCGUCUCGGCCUUGCCUGGCCAGAACCUCCACCUCAACAUCCCCAUGCUCAUGAAAACCCUACACUCCUACCGCAAGAGUUUCGGCCUGGACGACGAGUCCCUGGGGGUCUUGGCCCUCGUGGCCUCCAAGCCCCGCCAUGAGUUGACCAGUCAGGUGUGCUCGGCAUUGGGGAAGGAUCUUUCAGAGAACGCCGUGCACGCUGUCCUGAGCCAAGCCGCCUUGUACGGCCAAGUGGCUGCCCGGGUGGUGAAGAACAAAGUGCCUCUUUUUGACAACAUGGUAGCUGGGGCCAUCUCUUUCGUGGGUGCCUAUUACCUGCUGCACACCGCCCUUGAUAGCUUUGCACAAGAUGCCCAGAGGGUCCUAGGACGGGCCUUUGGUUUGGAGGAUGAGGCUCAGGGCUACCCUCCGGAACCAGGAUUUAUUUUUGAUUGAAGGUGGAGCAAGAGAGCUCCUUAAAAGUGCUUUGGGAUCAUAGGUGCCUCCCUGCACUCUUUUAUCCACCAGUCCUGCUUCUUAGUCACUUAGGUCCAGCUAACCCAGGAAAACACAGUCAAAAGUCUUUGUGGGAUGAACUUCACGUUGACAGUUCUAUCCAAAAACCCUGAUGCACCCGCUGAUAUAACUGCCUUCCAAGAAUGGUGCUAUGCUAACUGGAAAGAUCUUCUGCAGUUCUACUAGUUAUGGUGGGUUACUGUUAUCAGAAUCCUACAUACAACGUCCAGUGAUAGAACUUUUUGUGGAAAAUAAUAAAUUGCCAAAUAAUAAUAAUAAUAAAAUCCCAAUGCAAAUUAAUUCAGUUGGCCUUGGAAAAUUUCCUGAGCCCCUCGAGUCAUUGAAUUCAGCAUGCUUGUUUUUAUUUGUGUUUCAUAAAUAUAGCUAAAAACAUUGAUUAGAAGUCGGGCUUCCCUAAUGCCAUAUUUGCAGUUGGCAUCCACUGUUGCUAAUGAACUGAUGAAGUGGAAACAUUUUUUUCCCAAAUCACUGAUGGUGAGUGCAAUCACUUUGUUAUCCUCCUGGAGCCAGGACAGUAGAACCCUGCAGAUUUUGAAGCAUUAUAGAGCAUCCACAGAAGGUCAGACUGGACGUAGUACCAAUGGGAUCAUUCCUUCCUUUGCAGAUCACAAGCAUGGUACACAUGGGUGCAAUUCUGAUCAGGUCCGCGGAUGAAAGUCGUUUUCCACCCAUGCCAUGGCUUUGAUAUGGCUCACCAGCUAUUUGCAACAGGAAACACAACAAUCUGAAGGGCAUGCCACAUGACAGUGACAAAUCCUAGUUCAGCCAUAACUGCGGACAGGGUACCAAACUGGCUAGACAGUUUUCCAGUUGACUGUGAUUGCAGGAUGGGAUGCAGAGAAGUACCAUCGCUGUCUCCCUUUCUUUGCAGGAUCUCUCCUUCUCAAGUGGCUACAUCUGGGAGGGCUGGGAGAGAUCAUAACUCACAGAGACUGUGUUUGCUUCUGACUUGGCUUUAAAUGCAUUUAACAGAAAGGAAUCUAGUGGGAGGCAGACCACAACACGAUGGAUUGGAGCCAGGAAUGUGAAGAUUGUGCGGUGACUCUGCCAAAGCACAGGGUUUUGAUUGUGUGAAGCUAGAAGGAGAAGCAGCCCUUUAAAUGGCGCAAACUGCCUCUCCUGUGGGAAUCACUUUGCAAAUGCAAACUUCAGGUGCACCUUCUAUAACUCCACUCGGCUUGUUACCUUAACUUCAGAAAUGACCAGUUCUAACAUUGCAGACCCGGGACUGCAUCGUCUGUGAGCAGAUUUAUUCUUAAUAAGAGUCAUCUUGUAUUAAAUAAAGUUGUGUGUGAGUGCGAGUUCUGGUCAUCUUGUUCAGGUGCAGGCAGUAGCAAUCUUCCUCUGAUGUUCAGUAGAUUGUGAGCCAUUAUCGUAGCGUGCCAGCUAUCGAAUCGUAUUGACCAUCUCAUGAACUUUUUGAAAGUAAUAAUUGAUUUUCAAGUUAGCAAUCUCUGUAUUGUGAGUCUUAAUCCAGGGCAAUCGCUUAUUAGUUUGAUCAGCAAGGAAAAUAUAUUUCUAUAACAUCUAUGUUUUUACAAAGUAAAGGGCAUGUCUAACCAAUAAAUUUUUCUAUUUUUCUGC